AUAAGUUACUGCUAUUAUUAGUGAACGUGAUUUGACUUCACGCGAAUAUUUUUCGGGAACGGAGACGGAACCCCCACAGUCUCCAGAAAGUUUUCGCGGUUCUCCUGGAGAUCGCGAAACCCAUGCUUAGAAACUGACCUUGACUCGAGUUAAUGUAGAACACAAUGUGACAGGCGACACUCAUUGAAACACUACUUUUGAAAAUGCGUUUAAAAUAAAGCGUUUUUCACACUUGAGUUUGACGUUUAUUGUGUAACAUUCACAAAAUCAUGUAGUUUGGCAUUAUUUAUAUACGCGUGUUAAGUUUCUUUUAAAAUUCACAGAGACUGAAGUUGAACCAUAUGUAUGGAAGAAUAUAAAUUGUGAAAAAAACACUGUCUCCUUUAAUAGCCAUUGUAGAACAUAAAGGAUGAUAAGAUUGCCAGACGCAGAAAAGAUUGACAUACUGAAUCAAAGGCGAAUAUGAUACAAAGCACCUUCAAUAAGAUCAUGAUUUUGAGUUGCCAGUAACCUUAAUUUCAUUCUCACUUUCGUGAAUAUAACUUUGAAAUAUAAUUGUUGGAAGCCUUAAUACUUGAACUAUUAACGCUAUAAAAGUUACAUAAAAGUGUUUACUAAUAAAUCUCAAAGGGGGUUCAUGUAAUCCAUGUAAGGCGCAAUAUGGGCGUCAUCAUUUGUUUAUUUUUACAGUAAUCGUAAACAACAACACUGAUUCCACACAAAUAUGUAGAGCGCUUUAAUUUCCCGAACAAGACAAUCAAAUAGCUUAACAGCAAGAUGAUAGAGGUGAACUUGAGGAUACAACAAUCUUAUUGCAUCAAAACAUUGUUUUGAAGAUAUACGUUACUCAUUUUUGAAAAAUAUAUGUAGGUAUAUGUGACUAUUUCAAAAAGAAAAUUGGACUUAAGGUUAGAAAUUUCACUUCAACUUGUAUGCAUUGAAUUUUCUUUACAGAGCAGCAGAGAUAACUGUUAUAAAUAGUGUUUUAUUUCAUAUAAGUAUCUGUUUUGUUAUUUCCUUUGUGUACAGUAUAAAAUGUAAUUUGUCACCUACAUAAUUCUCCUCACUGAUCACUGCUUUUAAUGUGCUGAUAAUUACGUGUUACGUUAGUAGAAUAUUAGGUAAUUGAUAACAAUAGUUCAAAGAGUUGUAUUUAUUUUACAUUUUAUACUAUGUUUAAAUGAAUUGUUUAUUUUUUAUGAUAGAUUCGAGAAAUCUGGCAUUAAAAAAUACCAAUAUGAUUGGGAAAGCCUCCUUUUCAAUCUCCACUGUAAAAGAACAGUCAUAAAAAUGAAUAUGUGGCAUGAUUAAUUAAAUCGUCAAGAUGACUGGAAAAAAUAACACCUUUGAGGUUCCGGCAAUUGCAGGACAUUAAAUUGGACAAGGCUUCUGUGAGAUGCAGGAGUAUUUUUGAUGCAAAUAAAAUGGCAAAGGCUCUACGUUGGCUACAAAAACAUCCCACCGUUUUUGAAUCUCUGCAAGCAGCAUGUGUCAUGACAGCAGGAGACUUAAUUGCACAGAAAUUGGUAGAAAAGAAAGAUGGUGUAGAUCUUAAACGAACGGCUGUGUUUGCUAGCUUCGGUUUAUUUAUUGCGGGUCCUAUUGCGUCAACAUGGUAUCAUUUCCUAGAUUCAAAAAUUUCGUUUUGCUGGCCUCGGAUACAAAGGGGUCUUAUGAAAAUGGUCGCAGAUCAAAUCCUCAUGGCUCCAGCAAUUCUGGCCGUUUGUCUUUCAUACCUUGAAUUAGCUAAUGGAAGUGGAACUUUGUCUGGCGUAAAAGAAGAAUUAAAAAAUAAAUACACACCCAUUUUGAUCAACAGCUUCAAGAAAAUGGCCCACAUGAAAGCUAUAAGAUGGUUGCAAGAAAAUCCUACAAUUUUUGAAUCUCUACAAGCCGGAGCUGUCAUGGGAACAGGAGAUUUGAUAGCCCAAAAAUUAAUAGAAAAGAAGGAGACCAUAGACACAAAACGCCUAGCUGCGUUUACUGGUUUUGGUCUAUUCAUUGCGGGACCUGUUUUGUCAACAUGGUAUCGUUUCCUUGACAAAAAACUUCCUUUUUGCUGGCCACGUUUGAAACGCAGCUUUGUUAAAAUGGUAGCAGAUCAAACCUUGAUGGCUCCUGUAUAUCUUGCCGUUUUAUUGUCAUACUUUGAAUUAACUGUUGGGAGAGGAUUGGAUGGAUUUAAAGAAGAACUAGAAAGAAAGUAUCCAAGUACUCUGGCUAACAAUUAUUUGGGUCCAUCAUUGCGAAUAUGGUACGGAGGACUUGACAAAAUGUUUCCAUCUAGUGGUCGCAAAUUACAAUACAAGAAAGUAUUAGUUGAUCAAGGUAUAUUUGCUCCUGCAUUUAUUGCAUCUAUAUUGACAUUAUUGAUGGGAAUAAAUGGAGAGAAACCCGAGGCUAUCAAGGAAAAAUUAAAACAGGACUACAAAGACAUUCUUAUUACAAAUUAUAAAAUUUGGCCUGCUGUGAUGAUUGUUAAUUUUUCUUUCGUGCCUGUUAAUUAUCAAGUAUUAGUUACACAAACAGUCGCUGUUUUAUGGAAUAUAUAUUUUGCAUGGAAAGCAAACCAACCGGUGGUUAAAAUAGAAUGAUUAUGUGCCGUUAUUCUGUGAAUAGCAGAUGGGCCAGCAGCAACAUGUGUUAACUAUUUGUGUCUAUUUUAUGAAUGUAAUAAAAAAUGAAUAUUUAAAGGAAUUUAUUUUUGGAGAUCAGACAUAGGAGAUAAGUUGUAUACAUUUUAUUUAUAAUUCUCAAUCGUUGAAGCAAGUCCAGAAGUAAUUAUAUAAGAAAAAUACAAAUUGCAUGGAGUGAGCAAUUGCUAUAUAUAUUUUUAUAAUGUGAAUGACUUGCUUUCUACCUCACAAUUCUAUUGUUGUUGUGAAUAUUUUAUAGAAUUUAAGACACAUUAAGAGAAACAUAAUACUACUAAAACGUGUAAUAACUUAUUUGUGAUCCGUUUAAAACUGGUUAAAGAUGUACAUUUGUUGUUAUGAAAUAUUUGAUUCUACAACAACAAAGUAUUGAUUUUUAAAGCAAUUUAGUUCAUAAUUCAUAUGAUUAGGAACUAAAUUGGACUUACUGCAAUAUUCCAAAUGUUCAAUAUAAAUUUAACUACUGAUACAAGUUUUUAACAUAUAUGAAAAUUGGUAGUAGUAGCAUUUAGGUGUUUUUGUGAGUUGCCUUUAAUUUAAAUUCCACCUUGAAGUAAUUCUUAUUACAUUAAUUACUGGUGGUAUGAAGUUCAUCAAUUCUCAGGUCCUAGGUUCAAGUCUUGAUGGUGACAGGAGUUUUGACACUAGCUUGUCAGCCAUAGAUCAAAUUCAGUUGCUGCCUGGAGGAGAAUUCUAGUGGUCGAUACUUUUUCGUGGUUUCUCUGAUCAAUAUUAGGCGAAUGCUAGCACAGUACCAUAACAAAUGUGCCAUGGACCUUGCGCGAUCUUUCGUUCCUCUUCCUUGCACUAUCUUCACUCAUUAGUUACACACACACUAACAUGUGCUACACUACCACACAUGCCGAGAGACUGGUCGGGAUAUUGUCCCGACUGGACCUGUGCC